AUGCGUGAGUGUGUGAGGAUUUCUGACAGGAGGAUGGCGAGACAGAGAGAUGGAGGAACGUAGGAGAGGAAGGACGAGAAGAAGGAGGUGUUGAAGGGUGGAUGUGGAUUAACGCCACCGCAGACCAGAAUGACGGCAAGUCAUCGUUUCCUCUGAGCCGCAGAGAGAACGACAAAAAGCUUCAUCACUCCAUCUUUGUUCAGCGGCUAAACGAAGAAGAGGACAGGGAGGAGAGGGAGAGACGAGAGGGAUGACAGCAGGAGGAAAAGAGGAGCAAAAGAAGAAAGGAGACAAGGAGGUAGAUAGAGAAAUACAGGACAGAGGAGGAAAUAGGAGGAGGCUCUAAGGGAGAGAAAAACAGACAAGGAGACAAGGACGUAUACAAGGAUACAUACAAGGAAACCAGGAAAUAAGGACACAUACAAGGAGACAAGGAGAUAAAAGGAGACAAACAAGGGGACCAGCUAGGAAAUGAGGACAGAUACAAGGAGGCAUACAAGAAAACCAGGAAACAAAGACACUUAUAAAGAAACAAGAACACAUACAAGGAGACACAAGGAAACAAGGACACAUACAUGAAGACAAGGACAUAUAAGAGGAGACAUACAAGGAAACAAGGACACAUACAAUAAGACGGGGAAUUAUAAGAGGAGACAUACAAAGAAACAAGGGCACACAAAAGGAAACAAGGACAAAUAAAAGGAGAUAUACAAGGAGACUAGUUUGGAAACAAGGGAACAUACAAGGAAACAAGGACAGAUAAAAGAGCUGUGAAAGGAAACAAGAAGCUAAAAAGAAAACAAGGCCACAUACAAGGAGACAACGCUGGAAAAAAGUAGACAUAGAAAGGAAUCAAGGAGAUAAACAAGGAAUCAAGGACACAUACAAGGAGAAAAGGACAAAUAAAAGGGGAGAAAUAAGGAAACAGAUAGACAAACAAGGAGACAAGGACACAUACAAGCAAACUAGGACAGAUAAAAACAAAGAUACAAGGAGAAGUUAGGAGACAAAAAACCCAUACAAGGAAACUAGGACAGACAACAGGAAAGAAAUCAGGAGAAGUUAGGAAACAAGGGCACAUACAAGGAAACAAGGAGACAAACAAGAAAACAAGGAGACAAACAAGGAAACAGAGAUACAUUCAAGGUGACAAACAGGGAGAUAAUGACACAUAACAAGUGAAAAACAGAGAGAUAAGGAAACAAGCAAGAAAACAAGGAAACAAAAUCAACAGGGAUAAAAAGAAGGUAGACAUCGAAGGAGAAAAAGGAGACUUCAGACGAAAAAAAUUGAAAUGGAUGGACUCUAAGUCUGAACAGGUCUUUAGGAGUCAUGACCUCUCAGGAGGAGGCGUCCUCCUUCAGGAGGUUUUUUCAGUACGUGGAGGACAGCGGCCUUCGGACCUACGACGGUCUGGUAAUCCAAAAUGCUUCAGAUAUCGCCCGUGAGAGCGACCGGAUCCGUAACCAGACCAACUGGACUUACCUGCAGGAAAAACACCAGAAGAAGAGACGACAGGAAGAAGCCAUAAAGAGGAUGGGUGAAGAUGUUGCCAUGGUAACAGAAGGGGCUUAUACUGGAAAACAUUUCAGGAUGGGAUUCAUGACCAUGCCACCACCACAGGACCGUCUGCCACCUCCCAGUCCGGGAUUCACCGUCCGAUCACAGUCCCUCCACUCAGUAGGUGGAGUGGACGAGGAGUCAACCCAAAACCCCAAACUACCCCCACCCAAACCCAAACGAGACCCCAGCACUAAAUUGAGCAACAGCUCUGAGACAAUGAAUGGGUCUACUGUCAGCAAGAGGGACGGCCAAGAGAUCCAGGAGAUCCUGGAGCAGGCUGAAGCUCGGGACCACCUGCAUGCUGAAGACCUGAAGAGGAUGCCUCCACCUAAACCCAAACGGAACCCAAACACUCAGCUUAGCACUUCCUUUGAUGAAUCUUACAUACAAACCCAUGGGAACAAGAAGUCAUUGCUGCGUUGGGACAAUUCUUUGUCUCAGACUCAGAGUUCUGUGUCCCAUGAUAUAGAUGAUGAGGAACCGGUGUAUAUUGAGAUGGUAGGAAACAUCUUGAGAGAGAUGAAAGGUCAGGAGGCUUUGGAGGAUGAGCAGAGUGAGUCUGUGUACGAGGAGAUGAAGUACCCGAUGGAGGAAUUUUUGCAAGAGGGGCACUCUGCUAUCAUGGAUCCUGAGGUCUGGUCAGCUCGGGAUUCUGUGUUUGACAUCCCCCCUCCAUUCCCCAACCUCCUGACCCAUCGCCCGCCACUGCUUGUCUUCCCCCCUGCUCCUGCUCAGUGCUCCCCAAACUCUGAUGAGUCCCCCCUCACCCCCCUGGACAUCACCCACAUACCCAUGAUGGACAAUGUCUCAUACAGCAAGUCAGGUAGUGUGGAACAGCCCCUGAGCUCCAGCCACAAGCGGAAAGAACGAGAGCGGGAUCCGGACAGAGAACGAAACCGGGACCAGGAUCUGCCCUCUACCCACACCAUCACGUCCUCUGGCCGCUCAUCUGCCCCACCUCUCCCCUCCAACUUUUAUAAGUCUGCUGGCUCCUCCCACAGCGGUCAUGGUUACCCUCGCAGCCAAUCAGCUUGCCCAUCUCCAGUCAGCAUGGGGCGCUCUUUGACUCCUCUGAGUUUGAAGAGACCGCCACCUUAUGACGUUCUCAUGGCAGGAGGAAGUAUGCCUCGCUCUUCCUCAUCUUCUUCCUCCUCCUCCCACAGGGCGGGGGAUGGAGGGGCCAAACUCAGUGACUCCUCCUCCACCCAUGGCUCCAUGCAGAACGUGUCCAUGAGGUCACAGACGCCAACAAGCCCAUUGGACGAUUUCAAUGACCCGUUUACCUCAGGAAGACCGGCAAUGAAGAAAGGAGGGAGGAAGAGCAAAGACAGUGAAGGAGACUCCAGAUCUCUGCCUAGACAACACAGUAAAGACAGAGCUGGACAGUCCAGUCCAUCUUCAGCAAGGAUGGGGAGAACGUCAGUGAGCCCGACCAUGAUGCUGUCAGGAGGAGGAACAGACUUAAAAUCAGGUUGUAAACUUGGCCGCUCAGCCUCUACAUCAGGUGUUCCUUCACCUGGCGGGACACCUCAACGACACCCUGCCCUCAGCCAGAUGCCGUGGCUCUGCGGGGACGCCACCAUGAUGGACAUGAUUGAGAAGAAGCGUGUUUUAUGUCGGGAGAUUAAAUCUCGCCAGCGUCCGGAGAAGAAUCUGUGUAAACAGGACAGCAUGCCAAUCCUUCCCAGCUGGAGGAGAAGGCAGCCGCCACCAUACUCAGCCCCGCCCACCUCCACUGCCGGACAUGGCAGCACGGUGUUCUGGGACACCGCCAUCUAAAUCACAUGACCACAAAACAAGCGCCAACAUCACUGUGUUCUUAUUUGUGAUUGGUUUGUGGAUGAAAGGAUGUCAAAGAAGUGGAGAGUCAAUAAAGUUUCAUUUGAA